UUGCCUGAUAUUACAAACUGCUUUCUAGACUGCUUACUCACAUACACUUCUUUUUACUCUUUCCUACCAGGAUCUGACAUUCUUUCCCAGUCCAAUGGCCUUCGCGAGUCUCCCGGUGGUCUCAGUCAAAGGCACUCGACUUCCGGCCACUUUACCAACCGACCAACCAUGGGGCUAACGCCCACCUUCUACGAAACCUACCAGCAUAAUCCGUUAGCAAUGUCCUACCUGGAUGCCGGUCAGCAGUAUCAGCUGACUGCCCUCCCCAGGGAAAUGGAUGAAGCCUACCAAAACCAGACAGACUUUCAUUGCGCCGGCAUGAACUAUGCGGCAGCGGGGACUGCAACGGUGGCGUACGAGGUCGCGGUCAAUGGCGCUUUUCCGGAGGGUGUUCAGUUCCUAGGCCCCGAAGGCAUGCUCACCCCUGUACCCCGGUCAGCUGCGACGUCUGUUGGUCUCGAGGGCUCCCGGUUCAAUCUUCGCGAGACUCUGCUAGGGACGCCACUGACGGCGAGCACUCCGGAUAACUGUUCCGCUGAAGCCACGGUUCAUCUAGAUGGCCAGAUGAGUCGUGGCCUUGAUGAGACGGCCUCGGUCUUCGCGCUCGCCCAGCAGUCAGUUAAAACGCACGAAAACUUUAGACGCAAGGGUGAGUGGAAGGUUAUUUUCAAGGCCUCCACCUGCCCUGGCAUUCGCUCUACUGUGGCCUGUAGCUGGAUUGCUGAGAAAGAUCCAACUCUGUUUGAUUUUUUUCUGCUGCUGCUGCUCGAUUUUCAGGUCUAG